CACUUCAAGUAAAAAAAUUACACAUGCAUUCACCUGAAUUGCUUCAUUAUUACCCGAAAUUCCAUUCCAUGGACUCGUAUAUGAUCCGAUUAUCAAGUCCAUUUACCUACAAUCACAAAUGCUACCUUUUUGCCAAUCAAAAACUUAGCCGUCAUUUCACGUCAUUCAAUUUCAGGCUCCAAAGCAGGAAAAAUUCUACUUCUGAUGCUAAGGAGUUCGACGAAUCGGCAUUUGAAGCUGAGAGGUUGAGACUGGACGCAAAGGCUCGAGAAUCAAUGGCCCAGAUUUCCAAAACAAUGACGGAAACGACUGCAGAAGCCGAAGCUGAUCCCAAAGCUUGGAAAUGGGUCAUUCGUAAAAGGAUUUGGGAUUUAAUGGAGGCGCAGAAUAUUGCACAGAACCCAAGACCCGUUCAUCAUCGGAUCCCAAACUUCGUCGGUGCCUCAUCUGCUGCCAAAAAAUUGAGUGAGCUGGAAGCAUUUGUGAUGGCUAACUGUGUGAAGGUAAACCCGGAUUCACCUCAAAAGCAAGUCAGGUUUCUCACUCUUUCUGAUGGCAAGAAGUUGCUUACUCCGCAACCUCGCUUGAGAACCGGUUUCUUUUCAAUACUUGAGUCCUCUAUGUUGACUCCUAGUACCAUCAACGAGGCAUGCACUUCUGUAGGGGUUGCAAAGUAUGGAAGGCCAAUUGGAUUCGAUGAAAAGAUCAAGGUUGAUGUAAUUGUCAUUGGUUCAGUUGCUGUAGAUCCGAAAACUGGGGCUCGACUCGGCAAGGGAGAGGGAUUUGCUGAACUCGAGUAUGGCAUGCUGCGGUAUAUGGGUGCCAUUGAUGAUUCAACUCCGGUGGUUACCUCAGUGCAUGACUGUCAGAUUGUAGAUGAUAUUCCAGUUGAGAAACUGUUGGUCCAUGAUGUCCCUGUUGACAUCAUUUGUACUCCUACUCAAGUUAUUUUCACCAAUAGAACAGUCCCAAAGCCUCAAGGCAUUUACUGGGAUAAAUUGUCUCCGGAAAAGCUGGGGCAAAUUCGGAUACUAAGAGAGCUCAAAAGCAGAAUUGAACAGGAGACUGGGAAGAAGCUCCCCUGUGGUCCAUCUGAGAAAUUACCCCCGACUGCUCAAAGAAGGCGCCGGCGUUCUUAAAUACCGAAUAUGGUAAAUGAAGAAUAACAAAAAGUUCCCGAGAUUGGCUUCUUGAAUCUUCUUUUUUCUUUUUCGAAAAUAGAAAAUUUUUGUUGUCUAGACUUUGAAUGACUCAAUAAAAUGAAUGUUGUUAUUAGCACAUAA